ACAGUCCCCCUCUGACCCUCCUAGGCCCUUGUAAACUAUGGCCGCCCCCGUCAACCCGCUGCUUAAUUCUGUCAGCAGGGAGGCAGACCACGCCCCUCAAGGCCUCCAGCCCGCCCUGCUGCUGCCCCUAACACAGACAGAUACUAAAGAGCUGGGGCCCACUCUCCCUGUAUCCUCCUUUGACCAUGUGGAUCUGCAGGCUCCUAGCUCAACCGAAGGUGUGUUGUUGAGUGACCCCCUGCCCAGCUACACACCCCUCAGUGGCAGCACCUGCAGCUCCCUCACAGCUCCUGCACAGACAGCGCCCUUCACCACACCUCCCGCCUCCCCACAGAAUGCUAACUUCCUACCAGCUCAGAGCACCACAGUGCUUCCUCCCUCUUUUGAAAAUAUGGCAGCAAGUGGUGUGGGUGAGAGUUACCACCCAGUGCUGCAUCACUGGUUCUACUGUGCAGAACCUCAGGGAUGGAAGCCCUUCACCUUCUCAGAUUCCUUCAAUCUUGAGGAAGCUUUUAUGCAAGGGAGUGCAGAACCCGUGGCAACAGAAGGUGGGCGCCAUGAUGUGUACAUCCAGGACCGUGUGCGGAAGCCAGUUUACUGGGAGGAGAGUGAAUCUAAGGCAGUGCGGCGAUGCAGCUGGUUCAAGAAGAGUGCUCUGGACCAGCACCCACAGCCCUACACAGAGGAGCAGUCAGCACUCCUGGAGGAGGAGUAUCGUGCCUGUGUUACCAGUGGACAGUGGCACAGACAAGUGAACCUUCCUGAUGGAGACAAGGUCAUGAUUCACUCCCCUCGAGCAAUCAUCCAUUAUGUUGGUGCUGGGCUGGAAGGGGAAUAUCCCACUGCUGUGUCUGUUAAUGGCUCACAAGCACCACUCACUGUACGCAGAGGAACAGAAGACUUUGAGAUAGAGGAUGGGGAAUGUGAACAGGUGGACCACUUGUUGUUUUUGGUGCAUGGUAUUGGCUCUGUGUGUGAUCUGCGGUUCAGGGCAGUGGAGCAGUGCGUUGAUGAUUUCCGAAAACUGGGCCAGAAUUUACUUUCAACACAUUUUAAGCAAUCAAAAGAGAUGGGAGAGAUAGGAAGAGUAGAAAUUCUUCCCAUUUCUUGGCACAAGGCACUUCACGGUGAUGCCACAGGAAUUGAUGAAAAAUUGAAACCCAUCACAUUGCGUUCAAUACCCAAACUUCGAGAAUUCACAAAUGACACAAUACUGGACGUUUUGCUCUUCAACAGUCCAAUUUACUGUCAGCACAUCAUGGACACAGUGGCAUCUGAGAUCAACAGGCUCUAUGCUCUGUAUUGCAAACGUAACCCAGGCUUCAGUGGUCCUGUGUCCCUGGGAGGCCACUCUCUGGGAUCUGUUAUUCUCUUUGAUCUUCUAAGUCACCAGAAAGCUGACUCAGAGGAAAGUUCAACUGAUGGUGUAUCUUCUACAACGUCUUUACCUACCUUGCCUGCUAAGCAGAAGGAGGGUUCAGAUGAUGAUUCUGAUGAGAGUCCUGGAGAUAGUCCUGGUGAUAGUGCUGGUGAUAGUCCUGGUGAUGAAAAAUCUGUGGAAAGUGAGGAUGACCACUCACACUGUGAUAAGAACCGAGCCAACUCCAUGACUUCACCUGUGGACUACCUCAUGGGUGCAUCGGGCACUGGCCAGCCAUCUGUGGCGUACCCCAAGUUGUCAUUCAAGCCAGAAGCCUUUUUUCUUAUGGGCUCACCAAUUGCCAUGUUUGUAACGGUGCGAGGCAUUGACACCAUCGGCCCAGACUUUGUGCUGCCCACCUGCAAAAGAGUGUUCAAUAUUUUUCAUCCCUAUGACCCUGUUGCAUACCGCUUGGAGACGCUCAUUGACCCUUCGUUAACCAAUGUGAGGCCUGUGCUCAUUCCACAUCACAAAGGAAGGAAAAGGAUGCAUCUUGAAUUAAAAGAAACAAUUGAGAGAGUUGGAUCUGAAUUCAAACAGAAGAUUGUUGACUCCAUUCAGGGAACAUGGAAUCGCAUCUAUCAGAUGUACAGUGGUACCUCAACUCAGGCCAGCAUUGGCGAGCAGGUGGAUGAGGCUCUGGCUUCACAGCUAUACUUGGGAGAAGAAGAGGGCCCACCCAGUACAGGCAGUGGGGAGCUGGCCAUCACAGUGGGCCGUCUUAAUGGUGGACGGAGGCUGGACUACGUGCUGCAGGAGAAGCCUUAUGAGAGCUUUAAUGAAUACAUUUUUGCUCUCCAGGCACACGUUACCUACUGGGAAUCUGAGGACACACUGUUGCUAAUCCUGAAGGAACUGUAUGGUCCUCAAGGAAUCCUAACUGAUGCCCAGAAAAACCAGCCAUUGUCUAGCCCUCACAUUGUGCCAGAUGGUAGUUCACCUCUGGGCUCACCAUCAGUCAACUCUCCCAUCAUGCAUCCACCAGUGCUCACCACAAUGAGUCCUGUCUCUGCACCAAGCAAGCCUGUGCCAAUGUUUUCUGCUCCUGAGACUGUUCCAUUGAUUUCACCUCAGAAAAGUGAAGUUGAUUCUUCCUUUCCUUUGCCUCCACUAUCUUCAUCUAAAUUCCAGUCACCUCUUUCUUCACCCAUGUCAUCUGUCCCUCCAUCUCUUUCACCUGCUCCUCCUCCCAACUUGCCUGCUCCUCCUCCCAACUUGCCUGCUCCUCUUUUCCAGUCACCAAUUUCUUCAUCUAUAAUAAAUGGUCCUCCAUUAAUUCCCCCAGUGGCUCCCAGUUCAGGUAUUUCCCCAUCACAGAUGCCUUCUCUUCCAUCCCAACCACCAUUGCUUUCAUCACAAACACCUCUUCUUCCACUGCAGCCCUCCUCUUCUCCCAUACUUCCACCAGCAACGACCAGUGUCCCUCCACCAUCCAGAGCACAGCCCCGAGUUAUUGGGGGACGACCAGUGAUGGAGUUAUCAGACCAGCCAAUAGGGAUGGACCCAACAGUGCGGCCAGCCAUCACUAAUACAGUUGGGCCUCCACCCAAAUUACCUGGAAUGAAUUUCCGAAGACCUUCGCCAUUCAAGAGAUAAACAUGGGAAGGGUUUCAAGUGAGGAGAGACAUAAUAUAGUACAUAAAUUAGAACGGGUGAGACAGCUGUUUAUUUUAUUUACAGUAGAAUCAAUGCUUUAUAUAAUUAUUAUAUACAUUUUAUGAAUGUGAUUUUGUACAUAGGGUAUGUGUAGUAUUUAAUGUGACAUGCAAUUGAGGUACAUGCUGUAGUAAAGGCACAUGAAGAUUUUUCUUAAACAAGAUCAAGUUUUAAGGUUAAUGAACAUUCUGUCAAGAAUAUUUUUAGAAGUGCUUAUUCAUUUCUCUUAUGUAAUUUUUAUGCUACAUAUAAGAAAGAAUACUUGCACAAAACAAUAGAUAAGACACUGUAAAACUUAAUAAACUAAGGUGAAGUUUAAGCUGGAAAGUGAUUCAACAUUGUGCCGUAUCUACAGUCUAUGCCUCUGCUUAUGAAUUGAAAUAAUCCUGUGGAUUGGGCUCCAUCAUGAUGGUUUCAAGGAAUUGUACAUGACUUUGUUAGCUAAAGGCUUUUAGUUGUCUUAGUUGCAAAAAAUAUUUUUAUAUUAAAUUGUUUAUUGAAAACUUUUAGUGGGUGUAGUUAAUGGGUUUCAGAUGUAUUUAGUGGGACAUACUAUUAGUACAUAAAUGGGGAGCACUUUUCCUUAAUAAGUGUUCUUCUAUGUAUAGUAGAGUGUGUCUCAGUGUGAUAGGUGCAUCAGAAGAGCAGGAGGGUGAACACAGCAAUAUUCUCUUGGAUCAGCUGUGUCCUCUUCAUAUUGAGGAUUAUCAAAGUAAUUUGUUUCUUCUCAAUUUUCAGAUUUGUUUACUUCACUCUUAUUUAUGUUUGUUUGUUUAUGGCUUUCGGGAAAUAGAUGUGGAAAACUUCACAACCCGCUCACUUCCAUAGUAGUACAGUGUGUCCACUAAAAGAAAUAGUGGCUAGUUUAGGUAAAUUAUUUUUCAUUAUUCUUUCUUAAAAUAUAAUUACAUAAAACGUUUAUGCAUGCUUCAUACAUUACAACCAGUAUUUGACAUUUAUUAGGGUGUUGUGUCAAUCUUACACAAAAAGGCAGCAAUUUAGUUAAGUUAACUAAAAAGAUAAGUUAUUAGCGUUUCUUAUUCUUUCAUCAAUUCAAAAAUGAUCAAAUAUAAGGUAUAUAUAGCUACAUUUUUGUUGAAAUGUCUUUCAACAAAGCAUACAUGCCUGGCAAGGAACCAUCAGUGACAGUGGUGCUGAUGAGAGAAGAAAAGGGUGCUUUAUUAUUGUUAAUGCAGUGCUGGUACUGGAUCUGUCUAAAAAAACUGCAAUUCUUUGAAACAGUAUUUCUUUCAACAAGUGUUGGUGUGAAUUUCUCUCAUUGGCUUCAGUCUCCACUUUAUAAUUAUGUGCAAGAUUAACUUACUCCUCCAUGGCUUUUUUUGUGACUAUGUGAUUCUACUUCAUGGCAGUUCAAUAUUGGGUGCUAUAUAAGCAACGACCAUUUAUGGGCAGGAUAAAUAAGGUGGAAGAAAUCUUGGCUGUUACUGUAGAGUGGAGAUAAGAGAUAGCUCCUCUACAGAAAUUAAUUGCUGUGUACUGAACUGCUUGCCUGUCUGCAUAGUCUAUCGUGAAUUUGUUGCAUGCUGUCAAAUUAACGGCAUGCCACAAGUGCACAGUGAAUCAAAGCUGAAUGAGUAGGCAAAAUAUACAUCAGCUUAUGAGUAUAAUCUCUGUAAAUUUUUGUCAAGUAGAUGUCUUAUGUUCACAGCAAACUUAUUGUUCUUACCUGGGAAGUUCCUUAAAUGUUCAGCUCCUGCCAAUUGUGUUCUUGUAACAAUUAUUAUUGAGAUUUUUUUUUUUUUUCAUUAUCAAAAGAAAGAGAAAGUUAAGCAGUGUUGGAACAUUAUAUUUAUAUCCAUGAAAAAAAAAAACUGGAUUGUAAUGGCCACUUUUCUUUUUUAUAUAUAUAUUUUAUUUAUUCAUAUCUUUAUCACUUGGUGACAGAUAGUUAUUCCACAUCCUGUAAUGGGAGCAAAGUAUGUCCUCCUCACUUCUUGGUAUCUGAGGAUGAUUAUGUACAUACACUAUUUUGCACAAGUCUCUGAUGGGGAACAUGAAGAGAAAGUUGUAUUGUCACAUUUCAUUCACAUAGUUACAACGAAUUCUUGAAAAGUUACUUAAUUGCCACCAGAACAGUUGCAAUUACUGUGCACAUAAAUUUCUUACUAGAUGU